AUGGCGCUGCGGCCCGGACCCGGCGCGGGGGGCGCCGGCGGGGCGGCGGCGGGCGGGGCAGGAGCGGCGGCGGGGGCCGCCAGCUUCAUGUUUCCUGUCGGUGGUGGUUUAGGUCCUCCUCAAGCUGGGAUGAUCCCUAUGCAGCAGCAAGGCUUCCCCAUGGUUCCUGUCGUGCAGUCCAAUAUGCCAGGAAUGAUGGGAAUGAAUUAUGGAUCUCAGAUGCCCCCUGGACCCAUGGCCAUGCAGGGUGGCAUGGCCUUGGGGCCGAUGCCAGCGACCGGAAUGCCCUACAUGGGACAAGCUCCGUUCCUGGGAAUGCGCCCAGCAGCCCCACAGUACAGCCCUGACAUGCAGAAGCAGUUUGCAGAGGAGCAACAGAAGAGGUUUGAGCACCAGCAGAAGUUCUUAGAAGAGGAAAGAAAACGACGCCAGUUUGAAGAGCAGAAGCAAAAGCUGAGGCUCCUAAGCAGUGUGAAGCCUAAGACAGGUGAGAAAAGCAGGGAUGAUGCCUUGGAAGCCAUCAAAGGCAACCUAGAUGGUUUCUCCAGAGAUGCUAAAAUGCAUCCAACGCCAGCAGCGCAUCCCAAGAAGCCAGGCUCUGCCUUGGAGGAGAAAGUCUUAAAUAAUGGCUCAAAUGAAUCUGAACAAGAGCAAUCCAAACUUAAAGCAUCUGAAGUUGGGUACAAAGCCUCAGCUGCAAGCCAAGCUCAUCCCAGUGUAACCAACAGUGACUGGGGUGUUGUAGGUGGACAUGAAAGUGGUGCCAGUGCUGCUGAGGUGCACAAGGCUUCAGAACAAAACAUAGCAGUUGAAGAGUGUGGAGUUGCAGUCUUCCCUUCGCAGGACCCCAUGCAGCAAAUGAUGCCUCCCUGGAUUUACAACGAGAACCUGGUCCCAGAGCUGUACAAGAAGAUUUUAGAAACCACCUUGACUCCUGCUGGAAUAGACACAGCUAAACUCUACCCCAUACUGAUGUCUUCUGGAUUGCCCAGAGAGACCCUUGGACAGAUCUGGGCUUUGGCUAACCGUACCACCCCUGGGAAGCUGACCAAGGAAGAGCUCUAUGCUGUGCUGGCCAUGAUAGCAGUCACUCAGAGAGGAAUACCUGCAGUGAGUCCUGAUGUGCUGAACCAGUUCCCAGCUGCUCCUGUGCCCACCCUGAGCGGGUUUCCCAUGCCGCUGCCCACCCCAGUGAGCCAGCAGCCGCUGCUGCCCUCUGCACCACCUGGCCCCAUGCCCCUGAUGGGAAUGAGCAUCACAGCCCCUGGGGGCACAGCUGCAGCACAGCCUGCAGGAGGCUUCCUGCCACCCUACCCACCUGGCCAGGUAGUGAAAGCAGAAGAUGACGACUUCCAGGAGUUUCAAGAUGCUUCCAAGUCUGGCUCCCUGGAUGACUCUUUCGCUGACUUCCAGGGGGAUGUAUCUGGCUCCUCCAAAGCAGCCAGCUCACAGCAGCGGAGCAGUGUCCCUCCUUUGCUAAUGCCACUCCCAGGUAAUAAGGCACCCUCCACAACUGAUAAGUAUGCUGUGUUUAAAGGGAUUGCAGCUGAGUGGCCUUCGGAAAGCACAGCUACUUCAGCUACUUUUGGAGAUUCUGGAGACAAGUACAGUGCUUUCCGUGAGCUGGAGCAGCCCUCAGACACCAAACACUUAGGAGAUAGCCUUGCAGAGCCCAAGCCUGCGGGAGCCGAUGACGGCUUCACCGAUUUCAAAACCGCGGACAGUGUCUCCCCGCUAGAGCCACCUGCAAAAGACAAAACUUUCCCUGCACCCUUCCCUUCUCUGCCCCUUCAGUUGAAACAGCAAACACAAGCAAAGUCCUCUUUGAAUCUAGCAGACUUGGAUCUCUUUUCCUCUCCUGCAGAAAGCAAGCAGCCAUCCUUUCCCCCUGCGUUUCCUGCCUCAAAAUCAGGCUCCUUCCUUCCGCCACCCCUGCCAGCUGCCACUGCCCAGCCAGCACCCAGCAAGAACUCAAGCCUGACUGAUGACUUUGGAGAGUUCAGCCUGUUUGGGGCAUUUUCUAACUGCACAUCAGGCAGUGGACAGGAUGACUUUGCAGAUUUUAUGGCUUUCAACAACAGCAGUGGAUUCUCUGAGCAAAAAUCAGACGACAAAUACAAUGCACUCAAGCUAGAGGCUGCUCCUGUUUCUCAGCCUGCCUCAGCUGGCAGCACAGGGAAGGGUGGGCAGAGCUCUGCCACUGCUUCUACACCCACCAAAUAUGACAUCUUAAAACAGCUUUCUCUGGAGGGCUCUGGAGCAGUCUUUGAGGAGGCCAAGGACAGCGCCACCCUUUCUUCAGUGAAGAGUGAUGAAGACUUUGCUGACUUUCACUCUAGCAAGUUCUCUUCCACCUGCAACAGCGUGGACAAGUCCUUGGUGGAUAAGGUGGCAGCUUUCAAGCAGGCCAAAGAAGACUCUGCUUCAGUCAAGUCUCUGGAUCUCCCUUCCAUUGGUGGCAGCAGCAUGGGCAAGGAGGAUUCUGAAGACGCCCUGUCUGUGCAGUUUGACAUGAAACUGGCUGAUGUGGGAGGAGAUCUUAAACAUGUCAUGUCUGAUAGCUCUUUGGAUCUGCCAACUGUUAGUGGCCAGCAUCCACCAGCAGCAGAUAUAGAUGACUUAAAAUGUGCCCCAUUUGGAAGCUAUAACAGUGGGUCUGCAGUCAGCAGCCUGGCAAGCUAUGACUGGUCCAACAAAGAAGACAUUCAGCAGGGCAAGAAGCUCUCCUCCUUUGUCCAGUCCUCGGGAAGUGGAUCCUCUGCAGCUACCUCUGUCCUUCAGAAGAAGGAGACCUUGUUUGGCAGUUCAGAAAACAUUACCAUGACAACAGUUUCCAAAGUGACAACCUUUGCUAGUGAGGAUGCUUUGCAGGAUGUUUCCUUUGCAGCAUUUGCAAACUUUAAAGACUCUGGCCCAGCAGGUCCCAGUGAGGAUGACACCGGAGGCUUUGGGGACUUCACCAGCCCUGCAGCAGGAGCGCAGGAGGCAGCACCAGCCCACCCGAGGCAGGAGGCAGAUUUCCUGCCCAGUGGGCUCUCUUCUGAACUGCAGAGAGAGUCCACAGAUUAUUUUGGAGAGUUCCAGGGUGAAAAGCCAAAAAUCAGCAAGUUUGACUUCUUGGUGGCAACCUCCCAAGGCAAGGUGAAAUCGAGUGAGGAGAUGAUCAGGAGCGAGCUGGCCACCUUUGACCUGUCUGUGCAAGGGUCUCACAAAAGGAGCUUAAGCCUGGGUGACCGAGAGCUGAGCCGCUCCUCACCGCUGCCCGUGCUGGAGCAGCCCUUCCGGGACCGCUCCAACACCCUCAGCGAGAAGCCUGCUUUGCCUGUCAUCAGAGACAAGUACAAAGACCUGACUGGGGAGGUGGAGGAAAGUGAGAGGUAUGCCUAUGAAUGGCAAAGAUGCUUGGAGAGUGCCCUGCAGGUCAUAAAGAAAGCCAACGACACCUUGAACGGGAUCAGCAGUUCCUCGGUCUGCACGGAGGUGAUCCAGUCUGCCCAGGGCAUGGAGUAUCUGCUGGGGGUUGUGGAAGUCUACAGGGUAACCAAGAGAGUUGAGCUGGGCAUCAAAGCCACAGCUGUCUGCAGUGAGAAGCUCCAGCAGCUGCUGAAGGAUAUCGACAAGGUCUGGAACAACCUCAUAAGCUUCAUGUCCUUGGCUGCUCUGACGCCAGAUGAAAACUCCCUGGAUUUCUCCUCUUGUAUGCUGCGUCCGGGGAUUAAAAACGCUCAAGAUCUUGCCUGUGGAGUGUGCCUCCUAAACGUGGACUCAAGAAGCAAAAAUGAAGAGAAACCUGUGGAAGAGCUUCCUAGCAAAGCCUUUAAUUCCGAAACAGACAACUUCAAGCUGGCAUACGGAGGGCACCAGUACCACGCCAGCUGUGCGAAUUUCUGGAUCAACUGUGUGGAGCCAAAGCCUCCAGGUCUCAUUUUGCCAGACCUGCUCUGAAAGCUGUUGCACUGAAGAUGGAGAAUUGGGUCUGGUAGU